GGCACCAGCUGUCUUUUGCUGGUGCUCUCACCACCACUUUUACCAUCCUAGUGAUGAACUACAUUGAAAUAUAUUACAGCUAUUUUGCGCGACGUAUUGUGGGAGGGCACAUAAUGCACAUUAUAUAGUUCGUAACGCGUAUGGAUUAGAUGUCUUGUUUAGAGAGAGCGAGCCUCUGUAGUAGGCUAGCCUUCGCGGGGAAGCAGUGGGACGUUUGUGGGAAACCCGAGGUUUCCUUGCCACACCAUAGCAUUGAGCCCACGGGCGCAGUGAAGGCAUCGUCUAGAUAUAUGUUUUUCAGAGCGUGGAGGACAGAGAGAGGAAAUAUGUUGUGAUCACUGGUUUAAAUAGUCUGUUCAAAUGGAGAGACCUGGUGAAAAUGAUCCGAUGCAAACCAUAAACAAUCAUGAUAAAGUAUCUGGUACAACGUUCCUAGUACACAACCUCUCUGGUAGUCUUCUCCCUGAGUUGGAAGAGCAAGGCACCAUGAGGAGGAAUGACUAUUAUAUCCCUGUAUCUGGCGAGGAGAAGGCUGCUGACUUUGGGAACACUAAGGAUGGUGGCGUUAGCAAAUAUAGCAAGUAUGACUCCAUCCCAUUGAACUCCCUCAAGUCAGAUGAGGCAGCCUCAGGCCCAAAGCAGGGGCCUACAUUCCAGGAUGGCCAGCGGCAUGUGGACUAUGUUCUCACAUAUCAUGUCCAGAAACCCCAGAGUGUUCGCCGCAAGACAUCCUGGUUUGCAGAUUACCGCAUCCUCAGGAGCCUGCGCCGCAGUCUGAGCACGAUGAGAAGUGGGGGCACGCCACCAUCCAAAGAAGACCCUGAGAUUGCUGCCCACAAGCAUCGCCUUGACUACCAUGAGGAUGACAAGCGCUUCCGCCAGACUGAGUUUGAGGAUAACCUUCGAGAGGUGGGACUGGAGCUAGAGAAGGAUGAGGGGAACAAAAUCCCAGGAAUUGGCUUCCUGAAGAUCCAUGCUCCCUGGAAUGUGCUCUGUCGGGAGGCAGAAUUUAUGAAGCUCAAGAUGCCCACCAAAAAGGUGUACGAGGUCAAACAGGGAAGUAAUGUGGUGGAGAGGAUCAAUCUGUUCAUCCACAAAGUGACUGCGCCACUUCAUCCUAAAGUGGAGCCAAAUAGACCCCAAAAUGUGAAGCAUCUUUCCCACCCAUUCUCCCGGGAAAAGCAGCACCUGUUUGAUCUCUCAGACAGAGCGUCUUUCUUCGACAGCAAAACCAGGGCCUCAAUAGUAUAUGAAGUGUUGAAACGUACAAGAUGCACUAAAGCCAAAUACACCAUGGGAAUCACCAGUCUCCUUGGCAACGGUGUUUACACUGCUGCGUACCCUCUUCACGAUGGGGAUGUUGACGGCAUGGGGGCGGAGGCCAAUGACAGAAAGAUAUUGUAUGAAGAAUGGGCAAGCUACAGUGUCUUCUACAAGUACCAACCAAUUGGGUUAAUCAGGAAGUACUUUGGGGAGAAGAUUGGCCUGUACUUUGCCUGGCUGGGGGUUUACACCCAGAUGCUGAUCCCUGCUGCCAUAGUGGGGGUCAUAGUGUUCCUGUACGGUUGUGCCACGGUGGACAAUGACAUUCCCAGCAUGGAGAUUUGUGAUCCGAGAAACAACAUCACCAUGUGCCCACUGUGUGACCGCGCUUGCAGCUACUGGAAGCUGAAGACCGCAUGCGGCACGGCCAGGGCCAGCCAUCUUUUUGACAACCCGGCCACCGUCUUCUUCUCCAUCUUCAUGGCCCUCUGGGCUACCAUGUUCAUGGAGCACUGGAAGAGAAGGCAAAUGAGACUCAAUUACAUCUGGGAUUUGACUGGCUUUGAAGAGGAAGAGGACCACCAUAGGGCUGAGUAUGAGAUCCAAGUCAUGCAGAAGACCCUGAAGAAACAGGAUAUGUCUCCCAAGGAUAAAAAAGUGAAACUGACAUGUACAGACCGUGCACCAGCAUAUAUGAUGGGACUUUUCAUAAUGCUUUUUAUGAUUGGUGUGACCUUUGCUGUAGUGUUCGGGGUCAUCCUGUACAGAAUCUCCAUCAGGGCUGCCUUACACAUGAGUUCCAAUCCCACGGCUCGCUCCAACAUCCGGGCAACUGUCAAGGGCACCGCUGCUGUCAUCAACCUGGUGAUUAUCAUCAUCAUGGAUGAGGUCUACGGUGCUGUAGCUCGCUGGCUCACUCUUCUUGAGGUGCCCAAGACUGACAAGAGUUUUGAAGAGAGGCUGAUAAUCAAGACCUUUGUUCUGAAGUUUGCCAAUGCAUUCUCCCCCAUCGUCUACCUCGCCUUCUUCAGGGGCAGAAUGGUUGGGCGUCCUGGGGAUUAUGUGUAUGUUAUCGGGUCAUACAGGAUGGAGGAGUGUGCCCACGCAGGUUGCCUGAUGGAGCUGUGUAUUCAGCUCUGCAUCACCAUGCUUGGCAAACAGCUCAUCCAGAACAACCUUUUUGAAAUCGGCAUCCCUAAAAUAAAGAAGCUGAUCAGGCGUCGGAAGUCUGACAUGGACUCUCAGCAGCAGGAGGACUAUAACAUGACCCUACAGCGUCAUGAGAAGGACCACUUCCUGGGUCCCUUUGUGGGCCUCAGCCCAGAGUACAUGGAGAUGAUCAUCCAGUUUGGAAUGGUGACCCUGUUUGUGGCCUCCUUUCCCUUGGCACCACUCUUUGCUCUGCUCAACAACAUCAUCGAGAUCCGUCUGGAUGCUAAGAAGUUUGUCACAGAGGUCAGGAGGCCCAUCGCAGCCAGAGCAAAAGACAUUGGCAUCUGGUAUAAUCUUCUGAGAGGGCUCAGCAAAGUAGCAGUCAUUGUAAAUGCGUUUGUGAUUUCCUUUACGUCCGACUUCAUCCCUCGACUAGUCUACCAGUACAUGUACAGCCCUGAUGGCUCCAUGCACGGCUUUGUCAACCACACUCUGUCCUACUUCAACGUCAGUGACUUCCAGCCUGGCACUGCCCCUCUGCAGCCUAUGCACCUGGGGUAUGAAGUGCAGAUAUGCAGAUACAAAGACUACAGAGAGACACUAUGGUCCAACACCCCCUAUGACCUCUCCAAGGAGUUCUGGGCUAUACUGGCUUGCCGGCUGGCCUUUGUCAUUGUUUUUCAGAAUGUGGUGAUGCUGAUGAGCGACUUUGUUGACUGGCUGAUCCCAGACAUCCCCAAGGACAUCAGUCUGCAGAUCCACAAGGAGAAGAUCCUCAUGGUGGAGCUCUUCAUGAAGGAGGAAGAGGGCAAGAAGCUCCUCCGAGACAACCACACCAACCAAAGUCCUUUUCAGCCCCGCUCUCGCCUUGCCUCGCAUGCACCUUCUAAAUGCUAGUGCCCUAGGGGGCGGCUCCAUCUGUCCGUUCAUCUAGUCUGUUCAAAAACCUUCAGCCCCUCUGUCUGGACUUGCACACUUCACACACACACACAGCGGCCUACUCAAGAAACGAGGGAGGCAUUUAUUGGCAGGCUUCUGCAUCUGCACCCCUUCUGACUUGUAGCAAGUCAUUGCCCAUGUUUUUGGUGAACCACGUAUCAGGCAGAAGGCUCCGAGUUUAUUUUUUUUUUAAUAGUACAAUGCAGGAAAACAUGUAGAUCUUUUUUGAAUAUGCAAUUUUGCUAGCUAAUGUUUUUAUUUUGUAACUUUUGCCUUUUUAAGACGCUGAGAUCAGGUAAAGGAGCUUGCCGUUCUGCCUGUUUACCAUGCCAAUUUGCCCUUAUGUCAUGUUUUUUUAUGUCCUGUUAUUAUACUAAUUCAUAACUAUCAUGGGCUAUGUUUCCAUCCAAUUGACAUGUUGCAGAUAAAAGUAUGUCCAUGAUGACGUAGUACACAUAAAAAUACCGUUUGCAGUGAAAUUCCCACUUACCUAAUAAAAAAAUAGCCUACAAGUUAAAGGUUUCCAUCACAUUUUCAAAUCUACUGAUGGUUUUCUCACAACAACAAAAAAUAUUACGUUAUAUAGCGAGUGUGCCCACUCUGGUAUUGGCAAGUGCGCUCUAGCCAAUGUAUCUGCGCGCUGUUGGCUAGAGUGCGCAUAUAGCCUACAUGAUGAUGACAUCAUGGACAAAAGAGCGAGAUUGUUUUAAUUUGUCAAAUAGCAGCCAGGCAUCGACGAUCAUAUCACAAGAAUAAGAUCCUCGAUAUUUAUUGGAAAGCAGCAUCAAACUCAUCACCUAUCACUUUCACCACUAUGUGAAGUUCAUCAUAAUGGAUAGAAAAUGCUUGCUUUUCCGACAAUUCGUAGCGGCAGGACCACACCUCAUCGCGUCACUCCCAAAUUAACUUCGAUAUGAUGGUUAUUCCACCGAUAUCUCGCAUAAUUAAUUUUACAUACACAAAAAUAACCCACCUUGUCGAUAUUUGCAAAGUUUACUAAACAUUUUACUGUUUCCAUCAGACCUGUCACAUUUUUUACACUGACAUGUACUUUACUAGCAUAAAAAGGUUGGAUGGAAACCUGGUUACAGAAAAUGUAUAAUAGCCAUGUUGUGAAUAAAAUUCUAGCAAUGCUCUGUCAAACAUUUUGAAGGGGUCAAUGGCCUCCAUUUUUGUUUCAUAAGCACAAAUUAUUUUGGAGUUUUUAUUUUCUGAUUAACAAAAUUUUGAAUGGAUCCCAUGCACAGACAACUAUUUCAAGGAGAGGAAGAAUGUAUUUUGUCAGCUCAUUUUGUAUAUUGUUUGUAAGUAAACUAUACUUUUUAAUGCAUAUCCAAUACACAGUCAAUAUUGAAUCCUAUUAAUAUACAGUCUACAAAACAUUAGGAACACUGUCCUAAUAUUGAGUCGCACCCUCUUUAUCCCUUAGAACAGCCUCAAUCAGGGUAUGGAGUCUACAAAGUGUUGAAAGCAUUCCACAGGUUUGCUGGCCCAUGUUGACUCCAAUGCUUCCCACAGUUGUGUCAAAAAGGCUGGAUGUCCUUUGGGUGGUGGACCAUUCUUAAUUCACACAGGAAACUGUUGUGUAAAAAAAAACAGCAGCGUUGCAGUUCUUGACUCACUCAAACCAGUGCGCCUGGCACUUACUACCAUACCCUGUUCAAAGGCACUUUAAAUCUAUGGUUUUGCUCGUUCACCUUCUGAAUGGCACACAUAAACAAUCCAUGUUUCAAGGAUUAAAAAUGAUUCUUUAACCUGUCUACUCCCAUUCAUCUACACUGAUUUAAGUGGAUUUAACAGGUGACAUCAAUAAGGGAUCAUAGCUUUCACCUGGUCAGUCUGUGGAAAGAGCAGGUGUUCCUAAUGUUUGUACACUCAAUGUAUAUGAUUAGUAAAACAGGAUCAACUUUCAUAAAACAAAAAAAUCUUAACCCAAGUUAAACAUCAUUAAAAGCCUUUUUAAAACCGCAUGAUCAAAUGAAGCACAAAAACGAGAAGAUUUGAAAAAAAAUUCUAUCCUUUGUGGUACCAUGUCCCUGUUCCUUGUUUUGCUUGUUUGUGACCACUGUUUUUUUUAUACAGUAUGAUCUGUAAAUCUGUGUUUAGGAAUGUGACUGACCUUUGAUUGAAUCCCUUUUCUGUGCCAUAAGACUUUUGAUCAAAUAGGUGUUUUAUUUUUUUUACUUCACUUCAAUGGAAUGACAUGGAACCUCUUAAACUUCUGUUUUGUGUGUCUGCGGUAUUGAAAUGUAUCAACAUCGACCUCUUGCAAUAGAAUAUGUUUGGAAUAUUACAUUACACCUGGAUCCAUACACAGGUGUUUGAUACUAAUUUAUAUAAGAUGUCUUUCCUUUUGCUUAUAGAAAGAACUCUGACCAUUAACAUCGUCUAAAAUGUAUUUGUUAGGACACUGCAGAAUAUUGCAUUGCCUCAUAUUGUAAUUUCUGAUGCAAGGACAUGUUCUUGUUUUUUUUCAACUACUAAUCGACUUAAUAUGGUUUGUUCAUUGUACGACUUAUAGGACGACGCUGAAUGGCAGCCGCAAUACCUUGUUUUAGAUUCGAGUGGCAUCUUAUUCCCAACUGAUCCUUAGGUAUUUCAGUCCUUGAUAUUCCUCUUGAUAUAGAUUUAACUGGAGCAGUGGAGAACAACUCGGUGUAUUAAAUAUUUACCUGAAUUGUACAGCAACAUUACAACUAUAUUUGAUUAGGAUAGUACUACAUUUAUUUCAGUUGUGAUUUUUUAUUUUUUAUUUUAUUUUGACAGCAGGGCUUAUAUUUACACUAGAGGUCUGUCGGGCUAAAGUUAACAUUUUUGGAUGUUUGAAUUCCAAUAAAAGAAUACAAGUUAUGAGAAGUGUACAGUA